UGUUCUGAGAGAUUGUUGAACUUGAAAUUGGUGAAGGUUGAAGGUAAUACUCAUAAGGGGGUUCUUGAGAUGAGUACGGCUCGAUUCAUCAAGUGUGUCACUGUUGGAGAUGGGGCUGUGGGGAAGACUUGCAUGCUUAUCUCAUACACUAGCAACACUUUCCCAACUGACUAUGUGCCCACCGUUUUUGAUAAUUUCAGUGCAAAUGUUGUGGUCGAUGGCAGCACCGUCAACCUGGGGCUUUGGGACACUGCCGGACAGGAAGAUUACAACAGGCUGAGGCCUUUGAGCUAUAGAGGUGCAGACGUGUUUCUGUUGGCCUUUUCUCUAAUCAGCAAAGCUAGCUAUGAAAACAUCUCCAAGAAGUGGAUCCCGGAGCUGCGGCAUUAUGCCCCGACUGUCCCAAUUGUUCUUGUUGGAACCAAACAUGAUUUACGGGACGAUAAGCAGUUUCUGACUAGCCAUCCCGGUGCGGUACCGAUCACGACAGCGCAGGGUGAAGAACUGAAGAAAGCAAUUGGUGCAGCUGGUUACAUAGAAUGCAGCUCAAAAACUCAGCAGAAUGUCAAAGCUGUGUUUGAUGCUGCCAUCAAGGUUGUCCUACAGCCACCGAAACCGAAGAGAAAGCGACGAAAGGCCAGAAAAUGUGUGUUUCUUUAAGUUAGAUUUCAUUUCGUUUUUCUGAUGUGACAAACUUUGAAUUCUGUGUCUAUUUCGUUCUUGAAUUGUCAAAAGUAUCGAAUUUGUUUAUUAGUUUUUCAUUUUUAAUAAAUUCUUGAAUCUUAUAAA